AAGGCAAGAGGGAGGGGGCCAAAGGAGAGGGAGCCACACAGAAGGAAAGAAGAGAGGCAACGCACUGCUCCAGCGCUCAGACUCCGAGAGGCAAGGACAGAGGAGAGAUAGGGAGCUCAGCUCACUGACAGACGCACAACAAGAGAGGGCAGAAAGACGAGAGCUCCCGGGCUCAGUUACACACUCAAGUGACUUCAAACCAGCUCCGACAAAACAAGAGAAACAAAGAGAAAGACAGAGAAGAAGAGAAGAAAGUCUGGAUUCUGACUCUUUUUGUGGCCCUCCUUGCGUGGAUUUCUCACAUUGGACAUUUUAUGAGAAGCAGCAUUAAUCCUUUUUUUUUUUUUUUGACUUCCUGUUUUUAUUUAUUCAUUUUGUACUCAACACACUUGGCAUCUUUUAUCCAGACCUCCUCCGCCUUCCUGUUAUCCCCCUCCCAGGACUGGAGGAGAUACAUGGUUAGGGACAUGUGUGUGGAGUAGAUUUUAGUAGCAUAUAUGAAUGAACUGACAUUUUCACUGUGUGUGUCUUUGGAUGCGAGAUUGUAGGUGUACAUUAGGACUCAAAAAAAGGGAUUUUUAGUGUGAGAGUGUGUGUGUGUGCGCAAGUGUGUGUGUGUGAACCAGGAGCAAAAAGCGGCGGUCUAAGGAGGAGAGAGAGGAGGAGGCGAGAGGUCUUUGAGGCAAGCCCCUGGUUGUUCCCAUUGCGAGGUGAUCUGAGUUAUGGAUGUUGACGCAUUCCUGCUGCGCUUCUGAGGAAUAACCAGCACCGGGGACCACAGCAGAGUCAGCCACAACACUGCGGGCUUCCCCACCACCAGCAACAGCAUCCAUCACCAUUAACAUUACUGACAACUCUACAUCUGCUACCAAGAAUCUCUGAUCACAUCUGCCACAACCUUGUCAGCCUCCGACCCAGCCGUUCUACAGGUUUUCAUACCACAGUCCCGGUGAGGUUGUGGGUCCCCAGACAGAGGAGGUGUAGUCGGUCGGUCGGGGGAGUUUCUCCCACUCUCUUUCCCUCUCCCCGCACCCAGCUCAGCAUGCCCCAGCCCCUGAGCACCUCCACAGCUCUCCCAGCUCCACUACCAUGUGUAGAUGGACAGUGACACAAGGUGCACCGGUCGCCUGGUUCUCCUCCUGCCCCUGCCGCAGACCUCCUUCACUCCUUCUCUCCCUCACCUUCCUUCUCCUGCUUCUCCUGCUCGGACCCUCCUCGUCCUCGCCCCUGUCCGCUUCAUCAUCGCCGUCAGUCUCUGGAAAGAACCACAAUGCACCGGGAGGGACGCCUCCUCAGUUCUUCGUUCCACACCCGUCACCUUCCUCAUCGCUCGCACCUCUGCACGCAUCCUCUGCGAGGUUGCCACGGGCGACCAACGUAUCAUCGUCCUCGGCGACAGUCGUCGGGCGCCACGUGCGGAGCAGCUACAACCAUCUACAAGGAGAUGUGCGCCAGAGGAAACUGUUCUCCUACCAGAAAUUCUUCCUUCGCAUUGACAAGAAAGGAACAGUUAAUGGCACCAAAAGUGAGGACGAUCCAUACAGUAUUUUGGAGAUCAAGUCAGUGGAUGUGGGGGUGGUGGCCAUCAGGGGCCUCAGCAGUAACCACUACCUGGCGAUCAGCAAGAAGGGAGUGCUAUACGGAGCGAGGGACUUUGGUCCGGACUGUCGUCUGAUUGAGCGCAUUGAGGAGAACAAGUACAACACCUACGCUUCAGCAGAGUGGCGCAACAAGAAGAAGCACAUGUUUGUGGGACUGAACGCCAACGGAAAGCCAAUGAAGGGGAGGAAGACACGGAGGAAAAACACAGCCACUCACUUCCUGCCCAUUGUGGUACAACCACGAUGAUUGGACACGUCAGCCAUGGGAGAACACUGCAGACUGCAGGGUAUCAGACUUUUUUUUGGAGUUACAGUGAUGGCUACAUUGGACAGAUCUGAAUGGGAUCUGAAUGAUGCACUGAGAAGGACAAGAAUGGAAACCUAGAGACAUUUAUCUCUGAUGGAUAAAGACAAUUCUAUUUUUAAAGAAAGAAAUAAGAUAUAUUGCUAUACAAUGUAUAUAUUAUUUUCUGUUUUAAGUUAUAAAAUACGUAGGCACAGUAGAAAAUAUGAAAAGAAACGACUUCUGUGCCAAAAUGUGAUUUAGUAACUCACAUUUCUAGACUUGUGUACAUGUGAAGUGCUUGACUAAGGAGAAAUGAAAAUGAAACGAAAUGACAGAAGGCAAAGAUGCAAGAGGAGAAGAAAGAGGAGGAAGUACUGAUGGAAAGCUGACUGACAGAAGAGAAGAAGAGAAGAAGAAAAGGCAGAAAAAAGCAAGAGAGAUAAAAAUGGCAGUCGAAAGGAUUCAGUCAAAAGAGCACCAACACAGCAGCAAGUCUGUUUUUUUCUUUAAAUUUAUUUAUUUUGUGUAAUAUUUAACAAAAAAAAAAACCAAAACACAAAAAAGACAAAGUCUUGUCUUUUUUUUUUACCAUUUAUGCUUUUCUUUUUGAAUACUAAUCAUUUAAACCUGAAUAAAUAUAAAAAAUAUAUUUGUCUUUAACUUGUUUGACUGACUUUGAAUCU